UUUUAACACGGUCCCCAUGCCACACUUCUGCAAAAAUCAUUUUACAUGAGGGCCAAGGUUAUAUGCUAGAUGAAGAGGUUUUUUCUCUUCUCGGAAAUUUCAGUCAUGCGAAGUCUAUCAAAUUCGAGGUAUCAAAGGUUCUGAGGCAACCACAGAAGCUAUGUGUAUUUCCAAUGUUGACCGAUUUGGAGGUUGGUUUAGUUAGUGUUAAUAUUCUGUUAGCCUUGCUUCAAAAGACGCCGGUUCUCAAGACACUAGUUCUUAAGGGAAUACGUACAUUUGUGGAAGAGCUUCUGAGUUCUGCUGUUGUGCCCGAUUGUUUGGCUUCUCUCCAUGUUGUGAAAUUUGAAGAAAUUAAUAGAGACGAUCAUGAGUUAUUUUUAGCUACAUUUUUUAUGGAAAAUGGUAUGAUCUUGGAGAGUAUGUGUUUCUCUGCUGCUAGGCAAAUCCUGGACAAAUAUGAGAUGAUGCAAGAAUUUAAGGAGAAACUGUACUUACUUAAUUUCAAUUCUGUUGUUGAAUUUUCAUAUGAAUAGUUUAAAGAAGCAAGUGGUAAUAUAGUAUGGUAGAAUUUAUAGCAAGUUAAACUCUAUUGUCUUCUAAAGCGACUUGGGGAGAAAAUAUUGAUUGGUUUUUAUAUGAUCAUGAGAAUAUUGAUCUGUAUGAUGCUUGGAAGUGAAAACCUGUUAGAAGUUAGAACAGGAAUUUUCUAAAGGUGUUACUGUAAGUUGUGUAUAACUAUAUGGUUGAAAAUUCCAGGAAGUUAGAACAGGAAUUUUCUUCAUUAGGAGCCAUGAUAAUUGUUUGGCAUAAUUAAGUUCAUGGUAUGAAUUCUGUUAGGCAUAAACACAAACUAAAAAAUAUAUGUUCUUGUUUGUGUUGAAAAGUUGUUGAGAGAUAAAGGAAAUCACAAUUAUAACUCACUCUUCAAAUUUUGCCUUGAGAAUAAAUGCCCUUAUCAAAAUAAACCUUUCCACACUCAUAAUGUGUCUUAUAAUUCCUUUUAUUGAAAGAUAGCUAGUAAAAAUAUUCGUAGGUAUACACAAUUCUGAGUACAGCUUAUUCAUGCAAAUUCUAUUGUCCACUUGUUUUUUCAUCGAUAAACCCAAACCAAGGCUGGAUCUUAUUUACUUAUAAUAAUUCAGAAAACAGUAGAAAAUCCUUGGACAAUUCGAACACCACUGAGAACGAUCU